AUGGCGCCUGCUCCCGCUCCGGGAGCUCCACCUCCAGAUCCAAUUAUCUCGGAAGUCAUGUUGACGACAGCACCAAUUGUUUCCAAUGGGCCUUCACCUACUCCAAAUAUGGCGGGUGCACCAAUGGCGGGUGCACCAAUGGCGGGCGCACCAAUGGCGGCAGGAGCUCCGCCUCCAGAUCCAAUUAUCUCGGAAGUCAUGUUGACUAAAUCACCUCUUGUUGCAACUGGGGUUCCGCCUGCUCCGAUGAUGCCGGCUGCUGCAGCCGCUCCUCCUAUGGCCAUGCCAGCUCCUGCUGCACCCCCAGCUGAUCCGAUUAUAAACGAAAUGACGUUAAGGCCGGCGAACAUUGUGGCCAGCCCGAUGCCGAUGGGGACCGGCGGAAUUCCUCUCCCAGCCGCUCGGCCUACUUCGUCGAUGGACCCUGCAAAGUUGGCUAUUCCCGCCAUCGUGGCAACCAAUAUGCCUGCAGCGGCACCGACGCCUGGCGCAUCAGGGGCCUUGAAGCCAGCAGGUAUCGUUGUAAAUGGAUUACCAGACUCUUUGGCAACAGCUGGUAUACCUCUACCUGCUGCAAACAAUGCGCCAGUAAAUCCGGCUACACUUACACCGGCAGCCAUCGUGGGCGGCAAUUCCUCACAGCCAACAGGAUCGGCUGCAGCAGGAGUCGGCCCCGUGGGACCAGGUUCAACCACUAAUCCAAUGGUCAGUGAAGCGGUUUCUGCUACUUUCGUCCAGAAGACGUAUGGUGUGGCAUGGUCUUUGGGAGCAGCCUUUCUUUCCGCCUAUUUAUUUCUGUAA